AGUGGCGGAGAGUAGUCGUACAAUGUUCAUUUGUUCGAAGGCUUUUUUUUAUAUAUCUAAUCGUAACGUCGGAGUCAUCGUUAUUUGAUUCGUACACUUCGUGGUGAAUUGACGUGUUUUGAUUUUUCAUGUGGCUUAUUUCAAUGGUGAAUUUCAUACAUUUGUUUCUCAUGUGGAUAAUACGAAAGAGUUGUGCCAAUUAAUCGGAGAUGUUGUUGUUUUUUUUUGAUGGGAUAGGCAGCCACGGUAUACAUGAAAUGGGAUUCUAAUUAGAUUUUCGGUAUUCAAUUUACGCUGUGAUAUAUAGGGAAAGUGUUAAUAAGUUGGCUCGGUUAUAUUUUACAAUUUUCGCGUUACGAAUCGAGCAUUUCCGUGCGAAUUUUUUGUUUGUUACACACGACGGGAUACAAAACAUUUUAUGCGCGAUAAUUUAAUUGAAAGUUAGUUGUGCUGCUCGGGACCUAAGAGGAUUAUAAGUUGUUUUUUGUAUGCUUACUACAAGUUGGACGUUAAAUUAAGAACUAACUUUUUUUUGGAAAAAGUGAGCGGGAAUAGUCCCGCAUAAAGGAAAUCAUCAUUUUCACAGACGGAAAUAAGUUGGGACCUGCGGCAGCGGGACGAGGAAUGUUUUGUUAUCACUGUCCACCGGCAUUACAUCCAGCUGGACCGCAUCCACCACGGUUACCAUCAUUGGAUUAUCCAUUCGCACCAACUCAUCCGUACACCAGCUACACUUAUCAUCCCGCCAUUCACGAUGAAACAUUUGUACGGCGGAAACAGAGACGCAAUCGCACGACGUUUACGUUACAACAACUUGAAGAACUUGAAACUGCUUUUGCGCAAACGCACUACCCAGAUGUGUUCACUCGAGAGGACCUAGCAAUGAAAAUUAACUUAACUGAAGCAAGAGUUCAGGUAUGGUUUCAAAACAGAAGAGCAAAGUGGCGAAAAGCGGAAAGACUUAAAGACGAACAAAGAAAGCGAGAAAAUGGAAACGACACAUCAAUGAUUAAUGAUAAGAUGGACGCAAGCCGAGAGUCAUCACCUGAUAUUCUGGGCGACAACGAUGAAGACAGAUCGAGCUGUGCCCCGCACAGUCCAACAGCAGAUUCAGAUGCCGAACGACCACUAUCUUCAACACAAAUGACACAAUCAAUAUCGCAAUCUUGUUCAGGUAGUGGCGGGUCACCAUCUCCGGGAUUGAGAAUCAAUCAAAAUUCGGCUGGUAGUCCAACGACACCUCCGAAAACGGAGUCACCAAUCGAAGUGGGAGAACCAAUACCCUUAACAACCCGUUCGAAUAACUUAAGUAACAACAUUCAGCACAGUCUAUUUAGUGGAUUCAACGAAAGCAACAAUGGCUUUCGACCGAUUCUUGACAACGGUUCGGGUCGAGUUACACAAUCUUUAUUUUUACCACCGCAUUUAGCUUCAUUGGGAUCGCAGUUUCAUCCACCGUUGUUUCCGCAUCUGAAAGCUUUUCCAGGCUUAUGCUCUUGUUGUCCAAUAAAACCACCGACAACAUCAUCGGCUUCAUCAUCAUUAUCGCCGACAUCAGCCAACACCGAUCCACGUUCCAGUUCCGUUGCUGAACUACGCCGUAAGGCUCAAGAGCAUUCGGCUGCAUUGCUACAAUCAUUGCAUGCGGCUGCAGCAGCUGGAUUCUCAUUUCCAGCGCUACAUUUCUCCCCAUUAUCACUACACAGUGCAACGAAUCAUCAACGUAAAUUGAAUGAUAGUCCCAUUUCGAACAAUCACCACACCGAACAACAACAAUCAACCAAUCAUGUUAGUGAUAAGAGUGAUUAGUUAAAGGAGGUUUUUCAUGCUUGGCAAUGUUAUCUCUUUUGCAUCCAAAUUGGUUCCUUUCUUCCGUUUUCAUUUUCGGAUAAUCAAAUUAUAUUUAAAAGUGCCAUUGAAACUUACAUUUAAACAAACAAAAAUAAAUAAUUUCAAUCACUAACAAGUAGCGAUGUAAUACUUACAAGUAAAUAAAGUAAACUAGGGACAGUGGAGUGGAGGAACAGGAGCGGAGCCAGCGAGUCAAUGUCAAAAGAAGUUUUCAUGUUUGUAUGAAUCAUUGUACCAUAUAACUCUUUCAACACUUUUUGUCUAACUUUCUAAUUUUUCAUCAAAUUCAAGCUUUUGUCAUCUGUUAUCGACAGCGAUGCCGAAAGUAAUAGAUAAACACUGGCUGGAACGAUCUUUUAUAGAAAAAUUUAUGUUAAAACAAUUGAAGUACAAGAUUUUCCCUUUAAGUUUUUCAAAAUACCUAGAUUAAACGAACAAAUAGACUCGAUAAUUAUGUUGGUGGAUGGUCUUGGGAGAGGUUAGUUAUAGGUAUGUUAUUGGACGGGUUGCCUCAGUGGUUAAAUGAUAACAUACUGUUCCAAUUUCGCUGAGAUUUUUCUCCAAUGUAUGGCAUAACAAUGACGUUCAAGCACACUCAAGCGACAUAAUUUUGAAUAGUUUUCGCAUCCAACGAAUUGUACACAAGAAUGGCACAUAUAACGUCGACCGAUAAAUAUCAGAGUCUAACUUAAGGCGUAGAUAUAAUUAUCACUGAAUAUGGGAUGUACUUUGUGUUAGAUGUCAGUCAUUUAGGCGAUGUGUUGUGUUGUUUCUACUUGCAGAUCCGUGGACAACGAAAGAAGAAGUGGCUAAUUGGGCUAAUGUAAUAUAUACAGGCCGUUAGUAUCCUAUACUUCUAUAUCGCCCGCGUUGACAAAUAUUUCUUCGUUUUGAGCGAUUUUUCAUCAGAGUUUUCAUUGUUCAAAAUUAUCGAAAUCGAAUUUGCCUUUAAACCGAUCUGAUUUUGACGAAAACUAUGUUGCUGUCAAACGAACCUUGUGCAAAAUGUAACAACGACAAUCUCGAUUUCGUAUUAGUUUAAUAACUUCGUUUUCCUAGUGCAGAGAGGUUAUGCUUGAUACGCUCACAGGAACUAUUGGCAAUAUGACUUGGACAUCAGUACCACUAGCUUUUCCCACUAUAUUAUUAGGGAUCGAUGCUUUGCUGAAAAGCAUUCAUUUGGACGUUGUUUAAGUACUGGAUUUUAGUUUAUUUUUGAUGACAUCUGUCCAGAAUCCUUUUUCAAAAAUAUAGGACCGCAAUAACAACCACAAAUGUGUUAACAGGAAAUAGAUUUGGUUAUGGCAGUCUGACCAGCUAUUGCGGUAGUCUUGACUUUUCGAAUGAAAAGAUAUCAUCAAAAAUGGAACACGAGACAUACAAAUGUUGGCUAUAAUUUUAGCUAAGCCUCUUAAGACGAAUCAAUACAACGUUAAAUUGUAGCCUAAAUUUGUGGGAAAAAAAAUAUUUUGUCGAUGUUAACUUCGUAUUCGCGUCGUUUACGGAAGAAGUGGGACCAUCGUUCUGUGUCGAAAUGUGUUGCCACAAAUUCUGAGUUUGAGAACUGAUGCCGUAAUCUUUAGAAGACUAGUGGCCCGUUCCGGUAAAAAGUUUUCAUAGAAGAUUAAUGGCACGCAUCGGCCCUUAAAACCUAAACCACUUCAAAAGUCAACAGCGAUUCGUUCAAAAAGGAUAUUGUCAGUUCCGAUUAGAAACUCUACCAACAGAAAUUAUGUCAUCUCAGUCAUCUUUUGUAAAUAGCGGUCCGAUGAAAGAACCUCGCUCCGCUCCAACUAUCUUAAAAACUAACAAAAAAAAAAUGAAAGAGAAAAAUACUGUGGCACACCAAAACGAUAAAUGAAUACUCAACGUGCAAUUGAUCAUCGAAUUUUAUUUUAACUAUUUUUGUGUUCGUAAAAUUUAUGUCUAACCUAAUUGCCACACUUAAUGAGAAUAGUUUUACGAAUUUUGAACGAUUUUUUCUUUUUGUUUCGUUGAUAAUAAAAUUAUUGUAAAGCUAAGUACAAUUUCUGGAUAUAGAUUUAUAGUUUAAGUAAAUUUUAUAAAUAAAACAAACAAAACAAAAAAUUGCAAAAAAAAGAAUGAAAAAUCCAAUAUUUAUUAAUGUACAUAACUUAAAGCCAACCAAACAUUUAAAUUAUAUAUAUAUAGAAGACAUCACACUCACACAUCCGUAGAUGAAUAAGCCAGCAUUAGUUAAGACGUAUUUAAAAAAAACCAAACAAAAAAAAUUAAUAAAUUGUAAAUGAUCACCUUGGUUAUUAACAUAAGAACAUUCUUUAAUUUUAGUCUCGAUUUUAGUGUCGAAGAAGUCAACGCCAAUCAACCAAUUUCAGUUCAUUUGUUUUUAACUUUCCAAUAACAAAUUAUCGUAAAUUAAUUGCCAGUUAUAUCAAAAUUGAAUAGAAAACAAAAGGAAACUCAAACCAACAAAUACAAAA